AUGGGCUGUCAAGCAAGCACAGAGACUUCAGGAACCGGCGCCACAGUGAACUGUUUCCAGAAGCCGCCAAAAGCAGAUUCGGAGACCGACGAGGUAGAGAUGCUUCAUUCCGAUACCAUCUCAUCGAAGCCAUCUACGAGGAGUGUGGUGGAGUCCGAGUUCCACGUGGGUGACGUGGCGCCGAAGCCGAAGAAGAGCCACACGAGGCAAAAGACUGAGGAAGCUCUGCAGCUUCCUCCAGCAGGACGCGACCUCCUUGACGACCUCCUUGACCAGAAUGUGUAUAAGAUGGAGAAGUUCUUGCAGGAGGUUGAGACGUCACCUGAGAGCUUGGUGAGCAUCAUCGAGGCCAAGCGCGCGAGGUGUUUCGGUGAGAAGGUGCCGUUUCGCGGGCCGAUCGCGAAGGUGGCGUUCCGGGGGCCAAUCGCGAAGGGAAGGAAGCAGAGAGUGAAUGACUUGCGUGACAUCUAUACCAUGCUUUGA